UCGCAAUGUUCUAUACAGUAAUAUUCUUCUCUAUCCUGAUACUUCUCUUCCUGUUUUGGGAUUGCAAGAAACCAGAAAAUUUCCCUCCUGGACCACGAUGGUAUCCUAUCGUUGGAUGUGCACUUCAACUGUCCCAGCUGCGCCUUAAAACUGGUCUCUUCUGCCGAGUAAUUGAUGAACUGGUCAAAACUUUUGUCAACCCCUAUGGAGUUUAUGGAUUGAAAAUUGGCAAAGACCAAGUGGUGGUAGCCUACUAUAAAAAUGCCAUCCAAGAAAUGGGCUUCAAUGAAGAUCUUGAUGGCCGUCCGGAGGGUCUAUUCUAUCGCACUCGAACCUUUAACUCCAAGAAAGGCAUACUCUUAGCUGACGAAGGCUUUUGGGUGGAACAACGUCGAUUUAUAAUUCGUCAUCUUAAGGACUUUGGAUUCACCCGUCGGGACAUUAUAAUUUUUGUUCAAGAAGAAGCACAAUAUUUGGCUGAUGAUAUACGAAAGAGAAUCGAUAAAGAAGGAGGAGGCAAAAGUGCAAUUAUUUACAUGCAAGACCUGUUUCCUGUAUUUGUACUAAAUAGUUUAUGGCGACUUAUGGCUAGUAAGAGAUACGAUCGUGAAAGUGACGAUGUUAUGUCACUUCUGAAUAUGUUCUAUGAACUUCUGAAGAACGUAGACAUGAUUGGAUCUAUGUUCAGUCAGUUUCCUUUUAUGAGAUAUUUGGCUCCAGAAUUCUCAGGAUUUAAUGGUUUUGUCGAGUCGCAUCGUAGAUUCUACGCGUUUCUUCGGCAAGAAGUCGAAGAACAUCGUCAAACACUGAACCUUGAUGCUCCACCAAGAGAUCUAAUGGAUGCCUACUUGCAGGAGAUAGCUAAACCAGGACACCCUGAGUCGUUUUCGGAUGAACAACUGCUUUCGGUUUGUUUGGAUCUGUUUUUGGCUGGAUCGGAAACCACAAAUAAAAGUUUGGGUUUUGCAUUCCUCCAAAUGGCAAAGAAUCCAGAGAUUCAAAAGAAAGCACAGUCGGAGUUGGAUUCCGUUAUUGGUCGUGAAAGGCAGCCAUGUUGGGAAGAUAAGCCCAACCUGCCAUAUUGCGAAGCAAUUGUUUAUGAAGCGUUGAGAUUUUUCAUGGGAAACACAUUUGGCGUUCCACAUCGAGCUUUAAAAGAUACCAGACUUUGUGGAUACCAUAUUCCAAAGGAUACAAUGGUUGUUGCUUGUUUUCGCGGUAUGCUCAUGAAUUCCAAAGACUUUCCUGAUCCUGAGAGAUUUUGGCCUGAUCGUUAUUUUGUUGAUGGCAAAUUUAAGGCACCUGAUUUUUCAGCUUUUGGUUAUGGUCGACAUCGGUGUAUGGGCGAAAUGUUAGGCAAACAAAAUAUUUUCUUUUUUGUGACGACACUUUUGCAGAGUUUUACAUUUAAAAUACCAAAAGGUGAUCCAAUUCCCAGCGAUGAACCAAUAGACGGAGUCACUGCUGGACCGCAAUUGUUUAAUGCUCUAGUUGAAGCUCGGUGUUAGAUCCAAGAAUAUCGUUAUUUUUAA